AUGCUUUCUCGUUCCAUUCUCGUUGUGGCGGCUGCCGCUAUCAGCUUCCUCGGAGCCGAAGCUGGCCCUUGUCGGCCGACUACCGUCACAAGCUCGGCCGAGAGUGAGACCUCGUCGACUGUUGUUCCUGUGUCUGAGUCCACUACGUUGACAACCUUGAUCGAGACUACCUCCACGGCUGUGGCUGAGACCACAUCGACUGUCUCGGACGAGGUCACACCGACCACGCUUGCUGCAAGCACCACGACUUCCGAAGCACCAAACUGUGUCGAAACUCAAGUUGUUUCCAACUCAGGCUUCGACGAGAACAACGAUCUUUCGCCUUGGGCUAGCAGUGGAGGGGUGACUAGUAACGGCGCUUAUUCCGCUCCCAAUGCUGCAUCCUUUGGGUUCCAGUUUGGUCAAGGUUCAAAUCAGAUCGCCCAGGAUUUGCUGACUCUGGAUGGUGAUUAUAAAUUAUCUUAUCGAUGGUCUGUACCUACCGUAAGUGGGCUCACAGGAUUCGGUUGUGUUAUCCAACCCAAGAUCGGUAGCGACGCACUUCCCGCCGCUUAUCCUUAUGCACUUUCAGGUUGGACUCCGGAGAGUCUGACCUGGUCUACCAGAGGCACUUCUGUUGAAGGAGCCGCUAUCUCAAUCCAAAUUGAUUGCUCUGGAGAGUACGAUGGCCUCACUGUCCUUCUCGAUGAUAUUACCUUGACUCGAGACUGCGGCAGUGCAGUUCGCGGAGACUAA